CCAAGCUGGCUUUUGCCUGGUGUUCUCAGGAGGGGAGAGUUGGGAAAGGAUUUGCUGCUGAGAGGAGAUUUAUUUGAUAACUUAAAGGGUUGACAAGAGCUACAGAAAGAAAAGAAAAAAAUCUAAAUAAACCAAUGGUUUUCCGAAAGAGAAUAACCGCAUCGCCUUGAGUUUGUAGGUGCCACUACUACUCUGGGAAAAUGGCGGAUGACGAAGAAUAUGAGGAGGUGGUGGAGUACUACACAGAGGAGACAGUGUAUGAAGAGGUACCAGGAGAGACAAUAACAAAAAUCAUUGAAACUACGACUACAAGGACAAUACCUGGCUAUGACGAAUCAGAAACUUCCAAACCAGCACUGGCACAGCCAGAACCAGCAAAGCCGAUGGAGAGGAAGAAGGUUAUCAGGAAGAAGGUGGACUCUUCCAAGUUCAUGACCCCUUACCUUGAACACAGUCAGAAAAUGCAGAAUCUAUUUAGCCCAAGUAAAUACAAAGAGAACUUUGAGAAAGCAAAAGGACAGUCAUACGCCAGCACAAGUGACACUCCAGAACUUCGAAGAAUCAAGAAAGUACAAGAUCAACUCAGCGAGGUUAAGUAUCGAAUGGAUGGUGAUGUCGCUAAGACGAUCUGUCACGUGGAUGAAAAAGCAAAAGAUAUUGAACAUGCAAAGAAAGUGUCGCAGCAAGUCAGCAAGGUUUUAUACAGGCAGAACUGGGAAGACACCAAGGAUAAGUACCUGCUUCCCCCUGACGCCCCUGAACUUGUCCAGGCUAUUAAGAACACAGCCAUGUUCAGUAAGAAACUGUAUACUGAAGACUGGGAAGCAGACAAAAGUUUGUUUUACCCAUAUAAUGAUAGCCCGGAACUAAGGAGGGUUGCCCAGGCCCAGAAAGCUCUCAGUGAUAUUGCCUACAAAAAAGGUCUCGCUGAACAGCAAUCUCAGUUCACCCCUCUGGCUGAUCCUCCAGAUAUAGAAUUUGCCAAGAAAGUAACCAAUCAAGUGAGCAAGCAAAAAUACAAAGAAGACUAUGAAAAUAAAGUCAAAGGCAAAUGGAGUGAGACACCUUGCUUUGAAAUUGCAACUGCCAGAAUGAAUGCUGACAACAUCAACACAAGGAAAUAUCAAGAAGAUUUUGAGAACCUGAAAGACCAGAUCUACUUCAUGCAGACUGAAACACCAGAAUAUAAAAUGAAUAAAAAAGCUGGAGUGGCAGCUAGCAAGGUAAAAUACAAAGAAGACUAUGAAAAAAAUAAAGGAAAAGCAGAUUAUAAUGUACUUUCUGCCUCAGAGAACCCACUGCUCAGGCAGUUGAAAGCUGCAGGAAAUGCCCUAAGUGAUAAACUAUACAAGGAAAACUAUGAAAAGACAAAGGCAAAGAGCAUAAAUUACUGUGAGACCCCCAAAUUUAAGCUUGAUGCAGCUUUGCAGAACUUCAGUAGUGAUACCAAAUAUAAAGAUUCCUACUUAAAGAAUAUUUUGGGACACUAUGUAGGCAGUUUUGAAGAUCCGUAUCAUUCGCACUGCAUGAAAGUCACAGCUCAAAACAGUGAUAAAAACUACAAAGCAGAAUAUGAAGAGGACAGAGGCAAAGGCUUCUUCCCUCAGACCAUAACUCAGGAAUAUGAAGCAAUCAAGAAACUAGAUCAAUGUAAAGACCAUACCUACAAAGUCCAUCCAUCUAAGACAAAAUUCACUCAAGUGACCGACUCUCCUGUUCUGGUACAAGCCCAGGUCAAUUCCAAACAACUAAGCGAUCUAAAUUACAAAGCAAAACACGAAGAUGAAAAGUUCAAGUCCCAUAUACCUGCUGACACUCCUGCCUUCAUCCAGCACAAAGUCAAUGCUCAUAACCUGAGUGACAAUGUGUAUAAGCAAGACUGGGAGAAGAGCAAAGCUAAGAAGUUUGACAUCAAAGUGGACGCCAUUCCCCUGCUGGCAGCCAAGGCCAACAGCAGGAAUGCUAGCGACGUGAUGUACAAGAAAGACUAUGAAAAGAGCAAAGGGAAGAUGAUUGGCGCCCUCAGCAUUAAUGAUGAUCCCAAGAUGCUGCACUCUUUGAAGACAGCCAAAAACCAGAGUGAUAGGCUAUACAAGGAAAAUUAUGAGAAAUCAAAGGCAAAGAGCGUGAACUACUGUGAGACCCCUAAAUAUCAACUUGACACUCUGCUGAAGAACUUCAGUGAGGCUAAAUAUAAAGAUUCAUAUGUAAAGAACAUUUUGGGGCAUUAUGUAGGCAGCUUUGAGGACCCAUAUCAUACACAUUGCAUGCAAGUUUCUGCUCAAAACAGCGACAAAAGUUACAAAGCAGAAUAUGAAGAAGAUAGAGGGAAAUGCUAUUUCCCUCAGACAAUAACACAAGAAUACGAAGCAAUCAAGAAGCUAGACCAGUGUAAAGAUCAUACCUACAAAGUUCAUCCGGAUAAGACUAAAUUCACAGCAGUGACUGAUUCUCCUGUACUAUUGCAAGCACAGCUCAAUACCAAGCAGCUCAGUGAUCUGAAUUACAAAGCAAAACAUGAAAGUGAGAAGUUCAAGUGCAAUGUGCCUGCGGAUGCUGCACAGUUCAUCCAACACAGAGUCAAUGCCUACAACCUGAGUGACAAUGUGUAUAAGCAAGACUGGGAGAAGAGCAAAGCUAAGAAGUUUGACAUCAAAGUGGACGCCAUUCCCCUGCUGGCAGCCAAGGCCAACAGCAGGAAUGCUAGCGACGUGAUGUACAAGAAAGACUAUGAAAAGAGCAAAGGGAAGAUGAUUGGCGCCCUCAGCAUUAAUGAUGAUCCCAAGAUGCUGCACUCUUUGAAGACAGCCAAAAACCAGAGUGAUCGUGAAUAUCGUAAAGACUAUGAGAAGUCAAAAACUGUCUACACAGCACCUCUUGAUAUGCUCCAAGUCACUCAAGCUAAGAAAUCUCAAGAGAUUGCCAGUGAUGUGGACUACAGACACAUCUUACACAACUACAGCUACCCGCCGGAUAGUGUCAACAUGGACCUCGCCAAGAAGGCAUAUGCACUGCAGAGUGACGUUGAAUACAAAGCUGACUACAACAGCUGGAUGAAAGGCUGUGGCUGGGUGCCUUUCGGGUCCCUAGAAAUGGAAAAGGCAAAGCGAGCUGCCGACAUCCUUAAUGAGAAAAAGUAUCGCCAACAUCCGGACACACUCAAGUUUACCUCAAUUGAAGAUGCUCCUAUUACAGUACAGUCUAAAAUUAACCAGGCGCAGAGAAGUGAUAUCGCUUACAAAGCCAAAGGAGAGGAAAUUCUGCACAAAUACAGCCUGCCAGCAGACCUGCCACAAUUCAUUCAGGCUAAAGUUAAUGCCUAUAAUAUCAGUGAGAGCAUGUACAAAGCAGAUUUGAAAGACUUGAGCAAGAAGGGCUAUGACCUGAGAACCGAUGCGAUUCCCAUCAAAGCUGCCAAGGCUGCCAGGCAGGCAGCCAGUGACGUUCAGUACAAAAAAGAUUAUGAAAAAGCUAAAGGGAAGAUGGUUGGCUUCCAAAGUCUCCAAGAUGAUCCUAAACUGGUUCAUUAUAUGAAUGUGGCCAAAAUACAAUCGGACAGGGAGUAUAAAAAAGACUAUGAAAAGAUGAAGACCAAAUACAACACACCUCACGACAUGUUCAAUGUUGUGGCAGCCAAGAAAGCACAGGAUGUUAUCAGUGAUGUCAACUACAAGCAUUCUCUGCACCAUUACACCUAUCUGCCUGACGCUAUGGACCUGGAGCUGUCUAAAAACAUGAUGCACAUACAGAGUGAUAACGCCUACAAAGAGGACUAUAACACCUGGAUGAAGGGCAUCGGCUGGAUCCCCAUUGGCAGUCUAGAUGCAGAGAAAGUCAAGAAGGCGGGUGAUGCCCUGAACGAAAAGAAGUACAGGCAGCACCCAGACACCCUCAAGUUCACCAGCAUCGUGGACUCCCCUGUUAUGGUCCAGGCAAAGCAGAACACUCAGCAAGUCAGCGAUAUCUUAUACAAAGCUAAAGGAGAAGAUGUAAAGCAUAAAUACACAAUUAGUCCUGAUCUUCCACAGUUUCUCCAGGCCAAGUGCAAUGCUUACAAUAUAAGUGAUGUCUGUUACAAACGGGACUGGCAUGAUUUAAUAGCCAAGGGCAACAACGUCCUGGCCGACGCCAUUCCCAUCACUGCAGCCAAGUCAUCAAGAAACAUUGCCAGUGACUAUAAAUACAAAGAAGCAUAUGAGAAGUCAAAGGGAAAGCAUGUGGGUUUUAGAAGCCUCCAGGAUGAUCCCAAGCUUGUCCAUUACAUGAAUGUGGCAAAGCUGCAGUCCGAUCGUGAAUACAAGAAGAACUAUGAGAACACCAAAACCAGUUACCAUACCCCUGGGGACAUGGUUAGCAUUACAGCUGCAAAGAUGGCCCAGGAUGUGGCCACCAACGUCAACUACAAACAGCCGAUACAUCACUACACGUACCUACCCGAUGCCAUGAGUCUUGAGCACACAAGGAAUGUGAAUCAAAUUCAGAGUGAUAAUGUGUAUAAAGAUGAGUACAACAACUUCUUGAAGGGCAUUGGGUGGAUCCCUAUUGGCUCUUUGGAGGUUGAGAAGGCCAAGAAAGCAGGUGAUGCAUUAAAUGAGAGGAAGUAUCGACAGCACCCAGAUACUAUCAAGUUCACAAGUGUGCCUGACUCCAUGGGCAUGGUUUUAGCUCAGCAGAACACAAAGCAACUAAGUGAUCUGAACUACAAGGUGGAGGGUGAGAAAGUGAAGCACAAGUACACAAUAGACCCCGACUUGCCUCAGUUUAUUCAAGCCAAGGUCAACGCCUUCAACAUGAGUGAUGCUCAUUAUAAAGCAGACUGGAAGAAAACCCUUGCUAAAGGCUAUGAUUUGAGACCAGAUGCCAUUCCCAUUGUUGCCGCAAAAAGUUCAAGAAAUAUUGCGAGUGACUGCAAAUAUAAAGAGACUUAUGAGAAAGCUAAAGGCAAGCAGAUUGGAUUUCUUAGUCUUCAAGAUGAUCCUAAACUGGUUCACUACAUGAAUGUGGCCAAAAUCCAAUCAGAUCGUGAGUACAAGAAAGGUUAUGAAGCCAGCAAGACUCGGUACCACACACCUUUGGAUAUGUUCAGUGUGACCGCUGCAAAGAAAUCUCAGGAGGUUGCUACCAACACUAACUACAGACAACCCUUCCACAACUACACGCUCCUGCCCGAUGCCUUGAAUGUGGAGCACUCCAGGAAUGCCAUGCAGAUUCAGAGUGAUAAUCUCUACAAAUCCGACUUCACAAACUGGAUGAAAGGGAUUGGCUGGAUCCCAAUAGAGUCCUUGGAGGUGGAGAAGGCAAAGAAAGCAGGAGAGAUUCUUAGCGAAAAGAAGUAUCGCCAGCACCCGGAGAAGCUGAAGUUCACAUACGGCAUGGACACAAUGGAACAGGCACUUAACAAAAGUAACAAACUGAAUAUGGAUAAGAGGCAGUAUACUGAAAAGUGGAACAAAGAUAAGACUACGAUUCAUGUCAUGCCUGAUACUCCAGACAUUUUACUCUCCAGAGUAAACCAAAUCACCAUGAGUGAGAAACUGUACAAAGCUGGCUGGGAAGAAGAAAAGAAGAAAGGAUAUGAUCUGCGGCCUGACGCCAUCUCAGUAAAGGCUGCCAGAGCCUCUAGAGACAUGGCCAGUGACUACAAAUACAAGCAAGCCUAUGAACAAGCCAAAGGGAAACACAUUGGCUUCCGGAGCCUGGAAGACGACCCCAAGUUGGUGCACUUCAUGCAGGUGGCCAAGAUGCAGUCAGACCGGGAAUACAAGAAGGGAUAUGAGAAAUCCAAGACAUCCUUCCACACUCCAGUGGACAUGUUCAGCAUGGUGGCAGCCAAGAAGUCUCAGGAAGUGGCCACUAAUGCUAACUACAAGAACAUAAUCCAUACCUACAACAUGCUUCCUGAUGCCAUGAGCUUUGAAUUGGCCAAGAAUAUGAUGCAGAUUCAAAGCGAGAAUCAGUACAAAGCUGACUAUACUGACUUCAUGAAGGGCAUUGGAUGGCUCCCUCUGGGCUCUCUAGAAGCUGAGAAAAACAAGAAAGCCAUGGAGAUUAUUAGUGAAAAGAAGUACCGCCAACAUCCAGACACUUUGAAGUACUCCACAUUGAUGGACUCAAUGAACAUGGUUUUGGCCCAGAAUAAUGCAAAAAUUAUGAAUGAUCAACUCUACAGACAAGCAUGGGAAGCUGACAAGACCAAAGUCCAUAUCAUGCCUGAUAUCCCUGAGAUUAUUUUGGCAAAGGCAAAUGCAAUUAAUAUGAGUGAUAAACUCUACAAACUUUCUUUGGAAGAGUCUAAAAAGAAAGGCUACGAUCUCAGGACAGACGCAAUUCCUAUCAAAGCCGCCAAGGCCUCGAGAGAUAUUGCAAGUGAUUAUAAAUAUAAGUACAAUUAUGAAAAGGAGAAGGGAAAAAUGGUUGGUUUCCGUAGCCUUGAGGAUGAUCCAAAAUUAGUCCAUUCCAUGCAAGUGGCUAAGAUGCAAUCUGAUCGAGAGUACAAGAAAAGCUAUGAGAAGACAAAGACCAGCUACCACACCCCUGCUGAUAUGCUUAGUGUUACAGCCGCCAAGGAUGCCCAAGCCAACAUCACCAACACUAACUACAAGCACCUGAUUCACAAGUACAUCCUCCUUCCGGAUUCGAUGAACAUUGAGCUGACCAAGAAUAUGAAUCGUAUACAGAGUGAUAACGAAUAUAAACAAGACUACAAUGAAUGGUACAAAGGCCUUGGCUGGAGUCCAGCUGGUUCCCUGGAAGUGGAGAAGGCCAAGAAAGCCACAGAAUAUGCCAGCGAUCAGAAGUAUCGCCAGCAUCCUAGCAACUUCCAGUUUACAAAGCUGAAUGAUUCCAUGGACAUGGUGCUAGCCAAACAGAAUGCUCAUACCAUGAACAAGCAUUUAUACACUGUUGAUUGGAAUAAAGAUAAGACCAAGAUUCACGUGAUGCCUGAUACACCAGAUAUUUUACAAGCCAAGCAGAAUCAAACACUAUAUAGUCAGAAAUUCUAUAAACUAGGAUGGGAAGAAGCUUUGAAGAAAGGCUAUGAUCUCCCAGUUGAUGCAAUUUCUGUACAGCUGGCCAAAACAUCAAGAGACAUCGCUAGUGAUUUCAAAUAUAAACAAGGUUACCGGAAGCAACUUGGACACCAUAUUGGAUUCCGGAGCUUGCAAGAUGACCCAAAACUUGUAUUGUCUAUGAACGUAGCCAAAAUGCAGAGUGAAAGAGAAUAUAAGAAAGACUUUGAGAAGUGGAAAACCAAGUACACAAGUCCUGUGGACAUGUUGGGUGUAGUGUUGGCCAAGAAAUGUCAAGCCUUGGUUAGUGAUGUGGACUACAAGAACUACUUACAUCAGUGGACAUGCCUGCCCGAUCAGAAUGAUGUUAUCCAAGCUAAAAAAGUGUAUGAACUACAAAGUGAGAAUUUGUAUAAGUCUGACCUGGAGUGGCUGAAAGGCAUAGGAUGGAGUCCCUUGGGUUCUUUGGAAGCAGAAAAGAAUAAGCGGGCUUCGGAAAUCAUCAGUGAGAAGAAAUAUCGUCAGCCUCCAGACAAAAACAAGUUUACUAGCAUUCCUGAUGCCAUGGACAUAGUUUUGGCAAAGACAAAUGCCAAAAACAGGAGUGAUAGACUGUAUAGAGAAGCUUGGGACAAGGACAAGACUCAAAUUCACAUCAUGCCAGAUACACCUGACAUUAUUUUGGCUAAGGCAAACUUAAUCAAUACAAGUGAUAAAAUCUACCGAAUGGGUUAUGAAGAGCUGAAGAAAAAGGGUUAUGAUCUUCCUGUGGAUGCCAUACCAAUCAAAGCAGCAAAAGCAUCCCGGGAAAUUGCCAGUGAAUACAAGUACAAAGAAGGCUUUCGCAAGCAACUGGGCCACCACAUUGGUGCACGGAACAUUGAGGAUGACCCCAAGAUGAUGUGGUCCAUGCACGUGGCCAAGAUCCAGAGUGACAGGGAGUAUAAGAAGGACUUUGAGAAGUGGAAGACCAAGUUCAGCAGCCCAGUGGACAUGCUGGGGGUGGUGCUGGCCAAGAAGUGCCAGACCCUAGUAAGCGACAUAGACUACAAGCACCACCUGCACCAGUGGACCUGUCUGCCGGACCAGAAUGAUGUCACCCACGCUCGGCAGGCCUAUGACCUCCAGAGCGACAAUUUGUACAAGUCUGAUCUUAACUGGCUAAGAGGCAUUGGCUGGAUACCUACUGGUUCUCUUGAAGAUGAGAAGAACAAGAGAGCUGCUCAGAUUCUAAGUGACCAUGUUUACCGUCAGCACCCAGAUAAACUCAAGUUUUCCAGCCUUAUGGAUUCCAUGCCAAUGGUUUUGGCAAAAAACAAUGCUAUUAACAUGAACCAUCACCUCUAUACAGAAGGCUGGAAUAAAGAUAAAACUAGUAUUCAUAUUAUGCCAGACACCCCUGAGGUUUUACUAGCUAAACAAAACAAAAUAAACUACAGUGAGAAAUUAUAUAAGCUUGGCCUAGAAGAAGCCAAGAAGAAAGGCUAUGAUAUGCGACUCGAUGCCAUUCCCAUCAAGGCAGCCAAGGCCUCCAGAGACAUCGCGAGCGAUUUCAAGUACAAAGAAGGCUAUCGAAAGCAGCUUGGUCACCAUAUUGGUGCUCGAGCUAUCCAUGACGACCCCAAGAUGAUGUGGUCCAUGCACGUGGCCAAGAUCCAGAGUGACAGGGAGUACAAGAAGGACUUUGAGAAGUGGAAGACCAAGUUCAGCAGCCCAGUGGACAUGCUAGGGGUGGUGCUGGCCAAGAAGUGCCAGACCUUGGUGAGUGAUGUGGACUACAAGCACUACCUGCACCAAUGGACCUGUCUGCCUGACCAGAACGAUGUCACCCAUGCUCGGCAGGCCUAUGACCUCCAGAGUGAUAAUAUGUACAAGUCAGAUCUCCAGUGGUUGAGAGGCAUUGGCUGGGUGCCCAUUGGCUCUUUGGAUGUGGAAAAAUGCAAAAGGGCAACUGAGAUUUUGAGUGAUAAAAUCUAUCGUCAGCCUCCAGACAAAUUCAAGUUUACCAGUGUGACUGAUUCUCUGGAACAAGUGCUGGCCAAGAAUAAUGCCAUCACUAUGAACAAGCGUUUGUACACAGAAGCCUGGGACAAAGACAAGACCCAGAUCCACAUAAUGCCAGAUACACCAGAAAUUAUGUUGGCAAGAAUGAACAAAAUCAACUACAGCGAGAGUCUGUAUAAACUUGCCAACGAAGAAGCCAAGAAGAAGGGCUGUGACUUGCGAAGUGACGCCAUCCCCAUCGUGGCAGCUAAGGCCUCCAGAGACAUCGCCAGUGACUACAAAUACAAAGACGGUUACCGCAAGCAACUGGGCCACCACAUUGGUGCACGGAACGUUGAGGAUGACCCCAAGAUGAUGUGGUCCAUGCACGUGGCCAAGAUCCAGAGUGACAGGGAGUACAAGAAGGACUUUGAGAAGUGGAAGACCAAGUUCAGCAGCCCAGUGGAUAUGCUGGGGGUGGUGCUGGCCAAGAAGUGCCAGAUCCUCGUAAGCGACAUAGACUACAAGCACCACCUGCACCAGUGGACCUGUCUGCCGGACCAGAAUGAUGUCACCCACGCUCGGCAGGCCUAUGACCUCCAGAGUGACAAUGUGUACAAAUCAGAUCUGCAAUGGCUGAAAGGCAUCGGCUGGGUCCCCAUUGGAUCAGUGGAUGUGGUCAAGUGCAAGAGAGCUGCAGAGAUCCUGAGUGACAACAUCUACCGCCAGCCUCCAGACAAGCUAAAGUUUACCAGCGUGCCUGAUUCUCUGGAACAGGUGCUGGCCAAGAGCAAUGCCCUCAACAUGAACAAGCGUUUGUAUACAGAAGCCUGGGACAAAGACAAGACUCAAAUUCAUAUGAUGCCUGAUACACCGGAGAUCAUGUUGGCAAGGCAGAACAAAAUCAACUACAGUGAGACUCUGUAUAAACUUGCCAACGAGGAGGCAAAGCAGAAAGGCUAUGACCUGCGAGUUGACGCCAUCCCCAUUGUGGCGGCCAAGGCCUCCAGAGACAUCGCCAGUGACUACAAAUACAAAGAUGGUUAUCGCAAGCAAUUGGGCCACCAUAUUGGUGCACGGAACAUUGAGGAUGACCCCAAGAUGAUGUGGUCCAUGCACGUGGCCAAGAUCCAGAGUGACAGGGAGUACAAGAAGGACUUUGAGAAGUGGAAGACCAAGUUCAGCAGCCCAGUGGACAUGCUGGGGGUGGUGCUGGCCAAGAAGUGCCAGACCUUAGUGAGUGAUGUGGACUACAAGCACCACCUGCACCAGUGGACCUGUCUGCCGGACCAGAAUGAUGUCAUCCAUGCUCGGCAGGCUUAUGACCUCCAGAGCGAUAACAUUUAUAAAUCUGAUCUGCAAUGGCUGAAAGGCAUCGGCUGGGUCCCCAUUGGGUCAGUGGAUGUGGUCAAGUGCAAGAGAGCUGCAGAGAUCCUGAGUGACAACAUCUACCGCCAGCCUCCAGACAAGCUGAAGUUUACCAGUGUGCCUGAUUCUCUGGAACAGGUGCUGGCCAAGAGCAAUGCCCUCAACAUGAACAAGCGAUUGUACACAGAAGCCUGGGACAAAGACAAGACCCAAAUCCAUAUUAUGCCUGAUACACCUGAAAUUAUGUUGGCAAGACAAAAUAAAAUAAAUUAUAGUGUGAGCCUCUAUCGCCAGGCCGUGGAAGAAGCCAAGAAAGAAGGCUAUGACUUAAGAAGUGAUGCCAUCCCCAUUGUGGCUGCCAAGGCCUCUCGGGAUAUUGCCAGUGAUUACAAAUACAAAGAAGGCUAUCGUAAGCAGUUGGGUCACCACAUUGGCGCCCGAGCGAUAGAUGACGACCCCAAGAUGAUGUGGUCCGUUCACGUUGCCAAAAUGCAGAGUGACCGUGAGUACAAGAAAGAAUUUGAGAAAUACAAGACAAGAUACAGCAGCCCAGUGGACAUGUUGGGUAUUGUUUUGGCCAAGAAGUGUCAGACCUUGGUCAGUGAUGUGGAUUACAAACAUCUUCUGCAUGAGUGGACCUGCCUGCCUGACCAGAAUGAUGUCAUUCAGGCACGAAAAGCCUAUGACCUCCAGAGUGAUAAUAUUUAUAAGUCAGACCUUGAGUGGAUGAAAGGCAUUGGCUGGGUUCCAAUUGGUUCCUUGGAAGUUCUUAAAGCCAAGAGGGCCACAGAGAUACUGAGUGAUAACAUCUACCGCCAGCGUCCAGAUGCAUUAAAAUUUACCAGUGUUACCGACUCUCCGGAGCAGGUGUUGGCAAAGAAUAAUGCGAUAAACAUGAAUAAGCGCUUAUAUAUUGAAGCCUGGGAAAAUGACAAGAAAACAAUCCAUGUCAUGCCUGAUACACCAGAAAUCAUGCUAGCCAAACUCAACCGAAUAAACUACAGUGACAAACUCUAUAAACUUGCUUUGGAAGAGUCCAAGAAGGAGGGCUAUGACUUGCGCCUGGAUGCUAUUCCAAUCCAAGCAGCCAAGGCUUCAAGAGACAUUGCCAGUGAUUACAAGUACAAGGAAGGCUACCGCAAACAGCUCGGUCACCACAUUGGCGCACGGAACAUUAAAGACGACCCCAAGAUGAUGUGGUCCAUCCAUGCGGCCAAGAUCCAGAGUGACAGGGAGUACAAGAAGGACUUUGAGAAGUGGAAGACCAAGUUCAGCAGCCCAGUGGACAUGCUAGGGGUGGUGCUGGCCAAGAAGUGCCAGAUCCUCGUAAGCGACAUAGACUACAAGCAUCCUCUACACGAGUGGAUUUGCCUGCCAGAUCAGAAUGACGUCAUUCAGGCUCGGAAGGCCUACAACCUUCAGAGUGAUGCUGUUUACAAGGCUGACCUUGAGUGGCUGAGAGGCAUCGGAUGGGUUCCCAUUGGCUCUGUGGAGGUCGAGAAGGUGAAGAGAGCUGGGGAAAUCCUGAGUGACAGGAAGUACCGCCAGCCUGCAGACCAGCUCAAAUUCACGUGCAUUACAGACACCCCGGAAAUGGUCCUAGCAAAGAACAACGCCCUCACAAUGAGCAAGCAUUUGUACACAGAAGCUUGGGAUGCUGACAAAACCUCCAUCCAUGUGAUGCCAGACACCCCAGAAAUCCUGCUGGCCAAGAGCAAUUCUGCCAAUAUUAGCCAAAAACUUUAUACCAAAGGAUGGGAUGAAUCAAAGAUGAAGGACUAUGAUCUGAGACAAGAUGCUAUUUCCAUCAAAAUUGCCAAGGCCUCCAGGGACAUCGCCAGUGAUUACAAAUACAAGGAAGCAUAUGAGAAACAGAAAGGCCACCACAUUGGAGCCCAAAGCAUUGAAGAUGAUCCCAGGAUUAUGUGUGCUAUACAUGCAGGGAAGAUCCACAGUGACAGGGAAUACAAGAAGGAAUUCCAGAAGUGGAAGACUAAGUUCAGUAGCCCAGUGGACAUGUUGGGCAUCUUGCUGGCCAAGAAAUGUCAGACUUUGGUCAGUGAUAUUGAUUAUCGCAACUACCUGCAUAACUGGACGUGCUUACCUGACCAAAAUGAUGUUAUCCAAGCAAAGAAGGCCUACGAUCUGCAGAGUAAUAAUGUGUACAAAGCAGACCUGGAAUGGCUGCGUGGCAUUGGCUGGAUGCCAGAAGGCUCUGUAGAAAUGACCAGAGUCAAGGGUGCUCAGGAUCUGGUGAAUGAAAGGCUCUACAGGACGCCACGAGAAGCCUUGAAAUUUACCUGCAUUGUGGACACUCCAGAAAUUGUCCUGGCAAAAACCAACUCUCUGCAAAUGAGUGAAAAGCUGUAUCAAGAUGCCUGGAACAAAGAUAAAACCAACAUCUCCAUCCCUUCAGAUACUCCAGUCAUGCUGCAGGCCCAAAUCAAUGCCUUGCAAAUCAGCAAUAAAUUGUACAAAAAAGACUGGGAUGAGACCAAGCAGAAAGGCUAUGACUUAAGAGCAGACGCCAUUGAAAUCAAACACGCCAAAGCCUCCAGAGAAAUUGCCAGUGAGUACAAAUACAAAGAAGGCUACCGCAAGCAACUAGGCCAUCACGUGGGUUUCCGCACCUUACAAGAUGACCCCAAGUUGGUAUGGUCUAUACAUGCUGCCAAGAUCCAGAGUGACAGAGAAUAUAAGAAAGCUUAUGAGAAGUCUAAAGGAAUUUACAACACACCCUUGGACAUGAUGUCAAUUGUUCAAGCCAAGAAAUGCCAGGUCCUGGUUAGCGACAUUGAUUAUCACAAUUAUCUGCACCAGUGGACAUGCCUACCAGAUCAGAAUGAUGUGAUCCAGGCUAAGAAAGCCUACGAACUGCAGAGUGAUAACAUGUACAAAUCAGACCUGGAAUGGAUGAAGGGUAUCGGAUGGUUGACAGAGGGUUCUGUGGAUGUGCUGAGAGUAAAGAAUGCUCAAAAUCUUUUGAAUGAAAGGCUGUAUCGUACAAGACCAGAGGCUCUCAAAUUCACCAGCGUUGUUGAUACACCUGAAGUGAUCCUGGCAAAGACCAAUGCUGUACAAAUCAGUGAGCCAUUGUAUCGUGAUGCCUGGGACAAAGAGAAGGCUAAUGUGAAUGUGCCAGCUGACACUCCUGUGAUGCUGCAGUCCAAACUCAAUGCUAUCCAGAUCAGCAACAAACACUAUCAGCAAGCUUGGGAAGAUGUCAAGAUGACAGGUUAUGACAUACGAGCAGAUGCUAUUGGGAUCCAGCAUGCCAAGGCCUCCAGGGAUAUCGCCAGUGAUUAUCUGUACAAGACUACUUACGAGAAGCAGAAAGGCCACUACAUCGGAUGUCCCAGUGCCAAGGAAGAUCCAAAGUUGGUUUGGGCAGCAAAUGUGCUGAAGAUGCAAAAUGACAGGCUGUACAAAAAAGCCUACAAUGACCACAAGGCCAAGAUCUCCAUCCCAGCAGACAUGGUGUCCAUCAAUGCUGCCAAAGAAGGCCAGGCAUUGGCAAGUAAUUUGGACUAUCGUCAGUACCUGCACCAGUGGUCUUGCUUCCCUGACCAGAAUGAUGUGAUCCAAGCCCGAAAAGCCUAUGACUUGCAAAGUGAUGCCAUCUACAAGGCUGACCUGGAGUGGCUACGCGGCAUUGGCUGGAUGGCUGAAGGAUCUCCUGAAGUUCUGAGAGUCAAAAAUGCCCAGGAGAUCCUAUCUGACAGCAUCUAUCGGACACCUGCAUUGAAACUCAAGUAUACAAGUAUUGUCGACACACCUGAAGUUGUCCUUGCUAAAUCAAAUGCUGAAAAUAUUAGCAUUCCAAAGUACAGAGAAGUUUGGGACAAAGAUAAAACUUCAAUCCACAUAAUGCCAGAUACUCCAGAAAUUAAUCUUGCACGAGCCAAUGCUCUUAAUGUGAGCAAUAAAAUCUAUCGAGAGGGGUGGGAUGAAGUAAAGAUGAGCUGUGAUGUGCGGCUGGAUGCCAUCCCUAUCCAGGCUGCCAAGGCCUCCAGGGAGAUUGCCAGUGACUAUAAAUACAAGCUUGACCACGAGAAGCAAAAGGGACACUACGUGGGCACUCACACAGCCCGGGAUGACAACAAGAUCCGGUGGGCCCUGAUAGCUGGCAAGCUUCAGAAUGAAAGAGAGUACCGGCUGCACUGGGCCAAAUGGAAGAGCAAGUUCCAAAGCCCUGCAGAUAUGCUUUCCAUCUUGCAUUCUAAAACUUCGCAGACCCUGGUCAGCAAUGUUGAUUAUCGCCAUCACCUGCACCAGUGGACGUGCUUGCCUGACCAGAAUGAUGUGAUUCAGGCCAGGAAAGCCUACGAACUGCAAAGCGAUGCUGUUUACAAGGCUGAUUUGGAGUGGUUACGUGGAAUUGGGUGGAUGCCAAAUGAUUCUGUUUCUGUCAAUCAUGCCAAACACGCUGCAGAUAUCUUCAGUGAGAAAAAAUAUCGCACAAAAAUAGAAACUCUCAACUUUACUCCUGUGGAUGAUAGAGUCGAUUAUGUGACAGCGAAGCAAAGUGGUGAGAUCCUUGAUGAUAUUAAAUAUCGGAAAGAUUGGAAUGCCACCAAGUCAAAAUACACCCUCACAGACACCCCCCUACUGCACACUGCCCAAGAGGCUGCCCGGAUACUGGACCAGUAUCUCUACAAGGAAGGCUGGGAGAAACAAAAAGCUACAGGUUAUAUUUUGCCUCCAGAUGCUGUGCCAUUUGUUCACGCCCAUCACUCCAGCGAUGUUCAAAGUGAGCUGAAGUACAAAGCUGAACAUGUAAAGCAGAAAGGUCACUAUGUUGGUGUCCCAACAAUGAGAGAUGAUCCUAAACUGGUUUGGUUUGAGCAUGCAGGCCAGAUACAGAAUGAGAGACUCUACAAACAGGACUAUCACAAAACAAAGGCCAAAAUCAACAUACCUUCAGACAUGGUGUCAGUCUUGGCCGCCAAGCAGGGGCAGAGCCUUGUCAGUGAUAUUGAUUACCGCAAUUACCUGCACCAGUGGACAUGUCAUCCCGACCAAAAUGAUGUAAUUCAGGCAAGAAAGGCCUAUGACCUACAGAGUGAUAACAUCUACAAAGCUGACCUGGAGUGGCUCCGAGGCAUUGGUUGGAUCCCCUUGGACUCUGUGGACCACGUGAGGGUCACUAAGAACCAGGAAAUGGUGAAUCAGAUAAAAUAUAAGAAAGAUGCUCUUGACAACUAUCCCAAUUUUACAAGUGUGGUGGAUCCUCCAGAGAUUGUUUUGGCCAAGACUAAUGCAGUCAAUCAAAGUGAUGUAAAAUAUAAAGAAACAUUCAAUAAAGCCAAGGGAAAAUAUACAUUUUCUCCAGAUACACCAUAUAUUUCCCAUUCCAAGGACAUGGGAAAACUCUACAGUACUAUACUGUAUAAAGGGGCCUGGGAGGGAACCAAGGCCUAUGGCUAUACCCUGGAUGAGCGUUAUAUUCCCAUUGUUGGAGCCAAGCACGCUGACCUGGUGAACAGUGAGCUGAAAUACAAAGAGACAUAUGAGAAGCAGAAGGGUCACUACCUGGCUGGAAAAGAAAUCAGUGAGUUCCCUGGUGUGGUUCAUUGUCUGGAUUUCCAGCAGAUGAGGAGUGCGUUGAGCUACAGAAAACACUAUGAGGACACAAAGGCAAAUGUUCAUAUCCCCAACGAUAUGCUGAAUCACGUGCUGGCUAAAAGGUGCCAGUACAUCCUCAGUGACCUGGAAUAUCGACAUUACUUCCACCAGUGGACAUCUCUCCCAGAAGAACCCAAAUUUUUUUAUGCCCGAAAUGCCCAGGAGAUAUUAAGUGAUAAUGUGUAUAAAGAUGACUUGAAUUGGCUGAGAGGCAUUGGUUGCUACGUUUGGGAUACUCCCCAGAUUCUCCAUGCCAAGAAAUCAUAUGACCUCCAGAGUCAGAUCCAAUACACAGCAGCAGGUAAAGAAAAUUUACAAAACUAUAAUCUGGUCACAGAUACACCAGUUUAUGUGACUGCUCUUCAAAGUGGCAUGAAUGCCAGCGAGGUGAAAUAUAAAGAAAAUUAUCAUCAGAUCAAGGACAAAUACACCACAGUACUAGAAACAGUGGAUUAUGACAGAACCAAGAAUCUCAAGAGUCUUUAUAGCAGUAAUCUGUACAAGGAGGCCUGGGAUAAAGUGAAAGCCACCAGCUACGUUCUGCCGACCAGCACCUUGUCCCUGACACAUGCCAAGAACCAGAAGCAUCUGGCCAGCCGUGUCAAGUACCGAGAAGAAUAUGAAAAGUUCAAAGCUCUUUACACUUUACCAAGAAGUGUUGAAGAUGAUCCAAACACAGCGCGGUGCCUUCGAGUGGGCAAGUUUAACAUCGAUCGCCUGUACAGAUCAGUUUAUGAAAAGAACAAGAUGAAAAUCCACACUGUGCCUGACAUGGUAGAGAUGAUUACUGCCAAGGAUACACAGAAGAAAGUCAGUGAGGUUGAUUACCGCCUGCACCUACAUGAAUGGAUUUGCCACCCUGACUUGCAAGUCAACAGUCACGUCAGGAAAGUCACGGAUCAGAUCAGCGAUAUUGUGUACAAGGAUGAUCUCACCUGGCUGAAAGGCAUUGGUUGCUAUGUCUGGGAUACUCCUGAAAUUCUCCAUGCCAAACAUGCUUAUGAUCUACGCGAUGAUAUCAAGUACAAAGCUCAUGUGAUGAAAACAAGGAAUGACUACAAGUUGGUCACUGACACACCACUCUACGUUCAGGCUGUCCAAAGUGGGAAACAGCUAAGUGAUGCUGUUUACCACUACGACUAUGUGCAUAGUGUCAGAGGCAAAGUGGCACCGACUACCAAAACUGUGGAUCUGGACCGAGCUAUUCAUGCAUACAAGCUCCAAAGUGAGAAUCUGUACAAAACCGGGCUGCGCUUCCUGCCCACUGGGUAUAGGCUUCCAGUUGAUACACCUCACUUCAAACACACCAGGGACACCCGAUACAUGAGUAGCUAUUUUAAGUAUAAAGAAGUCUAUGAACACAUAAAGGCAAAUGGGUAUACACUGGGACCCAAGGAUGUUCCAUUUGUCCAUGUCCGGAGAGUCAACAAUGUUACUAGUGAGAGACUGUAUCGAGAAUUGUACCAUAAACUGAAAGACAAGAUUCAUACAACUCCUGACACGCCUGAAAUCCGCCAAGUCAAGAAGACUCAAGAAGCUGUCAGUGAAUUGAUCUACAAAUCAGACUUCUUCAAGAUGCAGGGCCACAUGAUCUCACUGCCAUACACACCCGAAGUGUUGCACUGCCGCUAUGUGGGAGACAUCACCAGUGAUAUUAAAUACAAAGAGGACUUGCAGAUCUUGAAGGGACUUGGCUGCUUCCUGUAUGACACUCCUGAUAUGGUCCGUUCCCGGCACCUGAAGAAGCUCUGGUCUAAUUACUUGUACACUGACAAUGCAAGGAAGAUGCGAGACAAAUACAAAGUGGUGCUUGACACUCCAGAAUACAGAAAAGUGCAAGAACUGAAGACCCAUCUGAGUGAGCUGGUGUACAGAGCUGCAGGAAAGAAGCAGAAGUCCAUCUUCACUUCAGUUCCUGAUACUCCUGAUCUUUUGAGAGCCAAGCGAGGGCAGAAGCUUCAGAGUCAGUAUCUGUAUAUUGAACUUGCCACCAAAGAAAGGCCCCAUCAUCAUGCUGGAAACCAGACCACAGCUCUAAAACAUGCUAAAGAUGUGAAGGACAUGGUCAGUGAGAAGAAGUAUAAGAUUCAAUAUGAAAAGAUGAAGGAUAAGUACACCCCUGUUCCAGAUACACCAAUCCUCAUCAGAGCCAAGAGGGCGUACUGGAAUGCCAGUGAUCUACGCUACAAAGAAACAUUCCAAAAGACCAAAGGGAGAUACCACACUGUGAAGGACGCUCUGGAUAUUGUUUACCAUCGCAGAGUCACAGAUGAUAUUAGUAAAGUGAAAUACAAGGAGAAAUACAUGAGCCAGCUGGGAAUCUGGAUGUCUAUUCCUGAUCGCCCAGAACAUUUCCACCACCGGGCAGUCACGGAUGCAGUCAGUGAUGUAAAAUAUAAAGAAGAUUUGACCUGGCUUAAAGGCAUUGGUUGUUAUGCCUAUGAUACCCCUGAUUUCACCCUGGCUGAACAGAACAAGACUCUCUACAGCAAGUAUAAAUAUAAAGAGGUAUUUGAAAGGACCAAGUCAAAUUUCAAGUAUGUUGCUGACUGUCCAAUCAAUAGACAUUUCAAGUAUGCGACUCAAUUGAUGAAUGAGAAAAAAUACAGAGCUGAUUAUGAGCAACGGAAAGAUAAAUACCACCUGGUAGUGGAUGAGCCUAGACAUCUGCUGGCUAAGACGGCAGGCGACCAGAUCAGUCAGAGAAAAUAUAAAUCUAUUGCCAAGAUGCUUCUGAAACAAGGAUGUAAUGAAAUUCUGCGUCCAGAUAUGUUGACUGCUCUCUACAAUACACACAUGUGGAGCCAGAUCAAGUACAGAAAAAAUUAUGAAAAAUCAAAAGACAAAUUCACUUCUGUUGUGGACACUCCAGAACACCUGCGUACUACAAAAGUCAACAAACAAAUCAGUGAUAUACUUUAUAAACUGGAAUACAACAAGGCCAAACCCAGAGGCUACACCACAAUCCAUGACACGCCCAUGUUGCUGCAUGUCCGCAAGGUCAAAGAUGAAGUCAGUGAUCUGAAAUAUAAAGAAGUUUACCAAAGAAAUAAAUCUAACUGCACCAUUAAACCAGAUGCUGUUCAUAUCAAAGCAGCCAAGGAUGCCUACAAAGUUAACACCAAUCUGGACUACAAGAAACAAUAUGAAGCCAACAAAGCCUACUGGAAGUGGACCCCUGACCGACCAGACUUUAUGCAGGCUGCCAAGGCGUCCCUGCAGCAAAGUGAUUUUGAAUACAAGUUGGACCGAGAGUUCCUCAAGGGCUGCAAGCUUUCUGUCACUGAUGACAAAGACAUGGUGCUGGCCCUCAGGAAUUCCUUAAUAGAAAGUGAUCUGAAAUACAAGGAGAAACAUGUCAAGGAAAGAGGAACCUGCCGUGCUGUGCCUGACACUCCUCAGAUCCUCCUGGCAAAGACUGUCAGCAAUCUGGUGUCUGAGAACAAGUACAAGCGCCAUGUCAAGAAGCACCUGGCCCAGGGCUCAUACACAACACUGCCAGAGACCCCGGAUACUGUUCACGUGAAGAAAGUUACCAAGCACGUCAGUGAUACAAAUUACAAAAAGAAAUUUGUCAAGGAGAAAGGAAAGUCCAACUACUCCAUCAUGCAGGAGCCUCCAGAGGUGAAACAUGCCAUGGAAGUGGCCAAGAAGCAGAGUGACGUUGCUUACAAAAAAGAUGCCAAAGAGAAUCUACAUUAUACCACAGUGGCUGAUCGGCCAGACAUCAAGAAGGCCACGCAGGCAGCCAAACAGGCCAGUGAGGUGGAGUACAGAGCCAAGCACCGCAAGGAAGCUAGCCAUGGUUUAAGCAUGCUUAGUCGACCAGACAUUGAGAUGGCCAAGAAGGCAGCCAAGUUGAGCAGCCAGGUUAAAUACCGAGAAAAUUUUGACAAAGAGAAGGGCAAGACACCAAAAUAUAAUCCAAAAGACAGCCAGCUCUAUAAAACCAUGAAAGAUGCUAAUAAUCUUGCAAGUGAGGUUAAAUAUAAGGCUGACCUGAAGAAACUUCACAAACCUGUGACUGACAUGAAGGAAUCUCUGAUAAUGCAUCAUGUCCUCAAUACAAGCCAACUUGCCAGUUCUUACCAGUACAAGAAGAAAUACGAGAAGAGUAAAGGCCACUACCACACAAUACCAGAUAAUCUGGAGCAGCUUCAUCUAAAAGAAGCCACAGAGUUACAGAGUAUAGUGAAAUACAAAGAAAAAUAUGAAAAGGAACGAGGAAAGCCCAUGUUGGACUUUGAAACACCAACCUACAUCACUGCUAAGGAAUCUCAGCAGAUGCAGAGUGGGAAAGAAUACAGGAAAGAGUAUGAAGAGUCCAUUAAAGGCAGAAACCUAACAGGCCUGGAGGUCACGCCAGCUUUAUUACAUGUCAAAUAUGCAACCAAAAUAGCAAGCGAGAAAGAGUACAGGAAAGAUCUAGAGGAAAGCAUCCGUGGAAAGGGUCUCACUGAAAUGGAACAUACUCCUGACAUGGUACGAGCAAAGAAUGCCACUCAGAUUCUCAAUGAGAAAGAAUAUAAGCGAGACCUGGAACUGGAAGUCAAGGGAAGAGGCCUGAAUGCCAUGGCUAACGAAACUCCAGAUUUUAUGCGGGCCAAGAAUGCUACUGAUAUUGCCAGUCAGAUUAAGUAUAAGCAAUCAGCAGACAUGGAAAAAGCCAAUUUCACAUCUGUGGUUGAUACUCCAGAGAUCAUUCAUGCCCAACAAGUCAAGAACCUUUCAAGCCAGAAAAAGUACAAAGAAGAUGCAGAGAAGUCCAUGUCGUAUUAUGAGACUGUUUUGGACACUCCAGAGAUUCAAAGAGUUCGGGAGAACCAAAAGAAUUUCAGCCUUCUCCAAUACCAGUGUGACCUUAAAAACAGUAAAGGAAAAAUUACAGUUGUUCAAGACACGCCAGAAAUACUGCGUGUUAAAGAAAAUCAAAAGAAUUUCAGCUCGGUUUUGUAUAAAGAGGAUGUCUCACCAGGAACAGCAAUUGGGAAGACACCUGAGAUGAUGAGAGUGAAGAAAACACAAGACCACAUUAGCUCGGUGAAGUAUAAAGAAGUAAUUGGACAAGGAACUCCAAUCCCUGACCUGCCUGAAGUGAAGCGUGUCAAGCAGACCCAGAAGCACAUCAGCUCGGUUAUGUACAAAGAAAACUUGGGAACAGGCAUUCCAACCACUGUUACUCCAGAGAUUGAAAGAGUCAGACGCAAUCAAGAGAACUUUAGCUCGGUUUUGUACAAAGAAAAUUUGGGGAAAGGAACUCCCACAGCUAUCACUCCAGAGAUGGAGAGAGUCAAACGCAAUCAGGAGAACUUUAGCUCGAUAUUGUACAAAGACAAUGUGAGCAAGGGGAACCCCCUUCCUGUCACUCCUGAGAUGGAGCGAGUCAAACGCAAUCAAGAAAACUUUAGCUCGGUGUUGUAUAAAGAGAACCUCGGAAAAGGGAUUCCGCUCCCCAUCACUCCAGAGAUGGAGAGAGUCAAACACAAUCAAGAAAAUUUUAGUUCGGUGCUAUACAAAGAAAACCUGGGGACAGGAAUUCCAAUCCCCAUCACUCCUGAGAUGCAGAGAAUCAAACACAAUCAAGAAAAUAUUAGCUCGGUCCUAUACAAGGAAAACAUGGGCAAGGGAACCCCUUUACCUGUCACUCCAGAGAUGGAGAGAGUCAAACACAAUCAAGAAAAUAUUAGCUCGGUGCUAUACAAGGAAAACAUGGGCAAGGGAACCCCUUUACCUGUCACUCCAGAGAUGGAGAGAGUCAAACACAAUCAAGAAAAUAUUAGCUCGGUUUUGUACAAAGAAAAUGUGGGGAAAGCGACCCCAACCCCAGUCACUCCAGAGAUGCAAAGAGUCAAACGCAAUCAAGAAAACAUUAGCUCGGUGCUAUACAAAGAGAACAUGGGGAAAGCAACCCCCACACCCUUUACUCCUGAGAUGGAAAGAGUCAAACGCAAUCAAGAAAAUUUUAGCUCGGUAUUGUACAAAGAAAAUAUGAGAAAAGCAACUUCAACACCUGUUACUCCAGAGAUGGAGAGAGCUAAGCGAAACCAAGAAAACAUUAGCUCGGUUCUUUAUUCUGACAGCUUCAGGAAACAAAUACAAGGCAAAGCUGCCUAUGUCUUAGAUACCCCUGAGAUGAGACGUGUGAGGGAAACCCAACGGCAUAUCUCAACGGUGAAAUACCAUGAAGACUUUGAAAAGCACAAAGGUUGCUUCACACCAGUGGUGACAGAUCCUAUCACUGAACGAGUAAAAAAGAACACACAGGACUUCAGUGACAUUAACUACCGAGGUAUUCAGAGAAAAGUGGUAGAAAUGGAACAAAAGCGGAAUGACCAGGACCAGGAGACUGUUACAGGUUUACGUGUCUGGCGUACUAAUCCUGGUUCAGUUUUUGACUAUGAUCCAGCGGAAGACAAUAUUCAGUCCCGAAGCUUACACAUGAUUAAUGUCCAAGCUCAGCGCCGGAGCCGGGAGCAGUCACGAUCUGCCAGUGCACUGAGUAUCAGUGGUGGGGAGGAGAAGUCUGAGCACUCAGAAGCUGCUGACCAGCACCUCUCCACCUACAGUGAUGGAGGCGCCUUUUUCUCUACAACUUCAACAGCUUACAAACAUGUAAAAACCACAGAGCUGCCACAACAAAGAUCAUCUUCAGUUGCCACCCAACAGACAACAUUAUCUUCUAUCCCAUCUCAUCCAUCUACUGCUGGAAAAAUCUUUCGUGCUGUGUAUGACUAUAUGGCUGCAGAUGCAGAUGAGGUGUCCUUCAAAGAUGGAGAUGCUAUCGUAAAUGUUCAAGCUAUUGAUGAAGGUUGGAUGUAUGGCACUGUGCAAAGGACUGGGAGGACUGGCAUGCUCCCAGCCAACUACGUUGAAGCUAUUUAAGCACCUCCAGAAUUCACAUCUGUCUGCAGGACCUACAAAACCUGCAAUCAGUAUUUCAGUUUAGACUCUACUGUUACCCAAGUUUUGAAGCUGCCUAAUGAUUUUCUGUGUCAACAUUUAUGGUAGUACCAUCCACUUAUUUUUUUCUGUAUAAACCCCAAUAAUUACUAGGUAAGACUAAUGUUAGUAUCAUUGAUUUAUGCAGUUUUUAAAACUAGACUUACAUCUUCAUUAUUUUCUGGAAUUGCACAUAAAACUUGAGACAGUAAACUUGUAAGUUCUUUAUUUUUAAAAGUGCCAUUAUCAAAUUUCCUUUGAUAAACAUGCCAAAUAUACUAGAAAAAAUGGCAGAGACAAUUUCAUCUUUUCCUUGCUUACUGAAUGCUUAUGCUUGUGCUUCUAAUACAGUUUCUGAAGCUAUUAAGCUGACAGUCAAUAUAAAUUGGUGAUGAACUGGUAACUAAUAAAAACUAUAAUUCUGCUAUAAACUCUA